AGGUGCUGCCUCUGUGCAAAAUUAACCCGCGAGAAAAAUGGUGCCGCAAAUAUAAGGUAACAAGUUGGGACAUAAAAUGAGGCUGUAAAUGUAGCAGCGACAAGUAAUUGAAUUUAGAAAGAGCAGGUUUGGAAUUAAAGACCAAAUGCUGAUCAGACUGGUAAAGAUAAAAGGAUAAAUUUUUGUGAAAAAUAGUGUCUUUUCCUCUAAAGCAUGGCAUAAAGAUGAUACUAUUAUGUUCUAUGAAUUGUGUUGAAGUGCAAAAGGUUGCCUGAGUAUACCAACACUCAUCCCCAUGAGACCUCAAUCAUGUCAUCACCUAUUGAAGGCAAUGUUGGCAUUGUAACGUUUGUGGCAGAGCAUGACUAUGAACCUCAAGAUGAAGGUGAAAUUGACCUACGGAAAGGAGAUUUGAUAGUUGUCGCAAAGCCGAUCAUAGAUCCUUGUGGAUGGCUAACAGGCACGAAUAAAAACACAGGUGAUUAUGGGCAGAUUCCAGGGACAUUUGUGUCCAUUGUGGAGGACUACACACCACCUCCCCCUCCAAGACCUCCAAAACCUGCAAACCUAACCAAGACCACAAUGAUGAAAGCUCAAGCAUGGUCAAGUCUUGAGAUAAAUAACCAUGAUUUGGAAAAAGUUGUAUUUGGUAAACCUGUUUGGUGCACACAGUGUCAUGAUUACAUCUGGGGAUUCAACAAAUCUUGCUUCUGGUGCAAUGAGUGCUGUUUUGCAAGCCAUACUAGUUGCAGUUACCUUUUUGGUAACACAAACUGUGAUCCUGAACGUAAGGUUGUUGUUGACUAUCAAAAGACGGAUUUACUGAGGCCAGUAAAAGAGUGGGAUGUUUUAGAUGUUUUAGAGUGGCUAGCAGCCAUAAGAGCAUAUCAGUACAUGCAGAGUUUCAAAGCAGCCAACAUCAAUGGUGCUGCUUUGUAUGAGAUUGAUGAAUCCUACCUUAAAAAGGUGCUGGGGAUUCCUCACGAUUUCGACAUAAGAAGCCUUCUAAUCUCAAUAAAAGAGCUCACGAGGGGCAGUGAGAGGAUUGACUUUGCCAACCCAUUACAUCCAUACGUGCCUGAGCCAGAAGAAAAUUUCAGAGACGCUUGUAGAGACGCCAUUCAAAGCCAUGUCAUGACAGAGCAUACCUUCACCACAAUCCAAGCCUGCGAUAUCUGCCAGAAAUUUAUGUUCGGGCUCGUCCGUCAGGGCUUCAUUUGUACAGCCUGUGGUAUUCAGUGUCAUCGAUACUGCGCCCAGUAUGGUCUGACGACAUGCAAGCAGAAGUAUUACCGUUCGCGAAGAUCAAGUGAUGUUCAAGAGCCGUCAUUUGGAACAAAUUUAGACGAAAGCGUCCCUCUCACGCUAAAAAAUCUUGUUAUGGCAAUUGAAGAACAAGGAAUGUCAACAAAGGAUUUAUACUUAACAGGAGUGCCAUUCUUGGAACUUCUUUCUCUGAGAAAUGCUUUGAAUCAAGCGCCUAACUGUGUCAACAUGCGAGGUUCGGAAUGGCGAAACCCGUACAUUGCGGCCUCAUUGCUAAAGCAGUACCUACUGGAGAUGCCUUUGUCCGUCAUACCACCAGAAUCUCACGAAGAUUUCAUUCUCGCUGCGAAGUUAAGUCAAUCAUUGCAAAGUGGCGAAGACCUUCUUCAUGGCAAGAUCCAGAAAUUGCCAAAAAGGAAUAGAGAAUGCCUUGAAUUUAUUCAAAGGCACCUAAUCAAAAUAUGCAAGAGUUGCGACGCUUCUACUCUAGAAAAAAUGUUUACAGUAUUUAGUGUUUUGAUUCUGCGACCAUCAGAUAAUAAUGCCAGGACGUUUGUUGUCGACUUGGAGCAUCAUAAAACCGUGAUGGCCUUGCUAAUUGGCAAAACCCCUGACCCAAAGCCAGCCGUACCAGGCCGAACAAAAAGGGUGAGCCUUGUGUCUGACCGUCACUCCAACCUGGAUGCAGCCGAAUGGUACUGGGGACCAAUAUCCAGGGAAGUCGCAUCCGAAAAACUAAGAAACACCCCAGAUGGCACAUUCUUGGUGAGAGACUCAACUAACAAAGGCGAAUACACGCUCACACUUAGGAAAGGUGGUGGUAAUAAGCUGGUAAGAAUCUUCCAAAAGGAUGGCAAAGUUGGUUUCACAGACUCAACUACCUUCCCUUCGCUACAAGCUCUGAUCGAAUAUUACUUUACCCAUUCACUGCGAGAAUACAAUUUGAGCCUGGACACCAAGCUUCUUUAUCCUGUUUCAAAAUAUGAGAACCUUCCUGAUAUUCCUUCAAGUCAGCUGGAACAGGAGCUCCAAGAAGUCUCUUUUCAAUUGGGACGAUUCACAGCACUUGAGAAUAAACUUAAUGAGACUUACAAGGAAUUAGAAGAUUCUAAAGAACUUCUCGAUGCCCAGGCUGAAGUGAUUUACGUCAUAGAAGACCAGCUGAGUCUAACUCACGGUUUAUUUGAUGAAGUGGCGCCUGAGGACAGAAGCGUGUUGAACAAAACGGCAAUGCAUUUGAAUGGGAAGCUAGAAUUAGAAAAACGAGCGUUGCGCGAGGCAGACGAAUGUUUUAGAUUAAAAAGUGACGAGUAUGCGACCAUUGAAAAGACCUUAAAUGAUAUGAAGUAUGAUAUUUCCGAUGUCAAGAAGAGAUACAAUGCGUUGCAAAGUAAAUUGAUGGACAGUAAUCCAGAUCGGGCCAAAGAGUUUCACGACAAGGAAAAUGAAGGUAUUUACGAUGAGCUCCCUGCAUUGAGUUGUCAACGGGAAAUAGAAGAGCUACCUCAAGAUUCUUGGCUACUUGGAAAAGUGACAAGGGACGAAGUUCGCCGUUUGCUCAAUGGAAAGCCCGAUGGCACAUUUUUCGUCAGAGCAAGUGAGCGGAGGCCUGGGUUCUAUGUCAUAUCGUUAGUGCACGAUCAGUCAAUCAAGCAUAUUCCAAUCGAAAGAGGACCACGAGGGUACGGAUUCGCUGAGCCAUAUAACAUCUACGUAGAUCUGAAAUCUUUAGUACAUCACUACCACAAACAGUCUUUGAAGAUGCACAACCCAUCUCUAGAUACUACACUCAUGUUUCCAAUUCGAUAUAUAGAGGAUGAUGACAAUAUAUAUAUGGCAUUUUCAAAUCAUCGUUAGUAUGGAUAGUUUCUGUCAUUCUAGAAUUAUUUGCGUAUGAUUAGAUAGAGGCCUCUUUUGGUACAAUGUUUCCCCCAAACAGGAAAAAUAUUUUACAGUCUGGGGUGCAUGUACAAAAAUUUUUCUGAUGAAACCUAUUUUGUCUCCAACUUUCAAGACGAAGGGUUCCCCCCUUCCUGGGCUUUUUAGGCCUAUUGAUGUCUCCAAGUCUUGUCUUACAUCAUUAUUUGAGAAAUUUGUAGCCGAAAGUUUUUUAUCGCUGUAAUUUCAUUGCGAAGAUCCCAGGGAGUGAGCAUACACGGAGUGAGUUAAACAAUCUUUGAAGAUGAUUAAUGUUGUCACUGCACAGAGUUAUAAUGCCGUUGUAAAAUUCUUUCUGUAGUUAGUCCUCUCUAAGGAAUCGACCUGAUGAAUCAAGACCUUGCGAGCUCAUUUCUAAUUUAGCCCUUCCCAAUCUCUACUGCCCCUUGUUACUCUCCAAACCUAGGCCAAGCUUUAGUUCUUUAAGAAUCGUCUAGAUAUGCCUUAUAGUAUGGAUUUGCUUUGAAUUGUUCACAUGAAUCAUGCUUCUCUAUAGUUUGCAAUAUUUUUGUAGUAUUUUAAGGUGUACAUUACAAAGUUGUUGACGAGUAAUGGUAGAAUUAAAUCUUCAAUCUUGAUUUAAGGUAUUUCUAACAUUCGUCGUGAAAAAGAUUAUAUUUCACAUCUGAAUGUCAAUUACCAGAACCUGCUGCUAGGAAAUAAAAUUUGAAAGGUAUUUAAGCCUUUUUUAAACAACUGUUCUUCAAUAGGCACUGUACAUGGUUAGCAACCCAUCUCUCACUCUGAUGCCCUUUGCAGGCAGUAUGAUAUACACCCAAAUUGUCAACAUGUUUGUUGCACCACAUCCACUCAAACGUGGCCCACGUGCUUCUCAAUAAAUAAUGUAGCCUUCGCCAGCAUGUUUGAAAUAUUUAUUUAAAGCCUAUUUUGCUGAAUAUAUGUACCAAGUAAAAAAUAAGGUGUACUUGAAAAACUCGAUGUUAGGUUGGUAACUAUUCACAAAUUUGUAGCACUUUUUCAACCAUGAGUGUCUGUCGCUUUGUUUUCGAUGAAAACCCUACUGUAACACGUCAUCACCAACCAGGACUUAUUAUAUACAGGUUAGUUUACGUUUUACCUCCAUCAGACUCCAUUGUGGCUUGUCUGGCCCAUUCUCUGGGCGUAUAAGAUUUUGAAAAUUAUUUUCAAAUCAGAGAUUAAUUUCGUGAAUUUAGGUGAUAAUUGAGAUGAAAUCUGUAUACGAACAUUCGCUCUCUUCCAGUCUUCUGCCUGUCGUUUGUUUCGAAAGAACGUAUUGUUUCGCUUUGCCGUUAUUUCAAAACAUUGCAAAAAAUUUUAGCAACAAUUGAAAACAAGCACUAAGAACAGUGAAACGUUUUUUAGGGGUACAGAA